CGUUACCAUGGUACUCGAUGUGUGACAAAGUUUAGCGCUUUGAUUGGUGGCACUGCACGAAUUCAGUCAGCUGACUGGUUGAGCUAAUUAGUGUAUGCGAAACGGAAGCGGAUCAGUGGGAGGAGUACAAGGUCCUAGGGCACAUGUAUUGCUGUGGGAUGUUGUGUGUACGCUUACAGGUAUAAUGGCUACGCACGAAGAGUCAGCUGCUGAUCAUGUUCACCAGUCUGGAAAUCCUGCUUUAGAGCGGUGUCUGGAAGUUCUGCGCGGCGCACAAAAUGACAGCGAACAGUUUGCUGCCCUCCUGCUGGUCACAAAAUGUGCAAGAGCAGGGGAACUGAAUGACCAGACAAGGCACAGGAUUUUUGAAGCGGUUGGAUUUUCAUUUCCAAACCGGUUGCUUUUCUCAGAGUCCAUUCCUGAAGGUUGCUCCAGCAGUUUGUUUCGAGGUUUGGGGUUGACACUUUUAGCUUGUUUUUGUACUGACCCCUCCCUAGCUAUACAUCCCCAGGUCCUCAACAAAAUUCCAAUUUUUAAUGAUACAGUGAACACACCAUGCCAGUCAGACAGAGAAGAUCUCAAAUCCAUGGUAGAAGAUGCAUAUCAGUGUCUUAUGGGCAUCAUGGCGUCUCCUCAGGGUGUUAGACAUCUGGUGUCUAAUGAAACGGUGUCCUCACUGUGUCUGGCUUACAUAAAAAGAAAUCACAACUGGGAAAAAGCCCUGCAAAUUCUUACUGCUUUACUUACAUCCAUGCCAGAGAAAUGUUGGAAGAAAAGCCACAAAGACCUUCAGCUCCUUUUGGUUCAACUAUGUAGAGAGUUCUACCAGGAAGAAGGUAGUCGUAAAUUUUACCUGUUGGAAAUCCUCCCUGUGUUUUUACCUCAUUCUCAAGUGCUUGAUAAGACAUCCUGGGGUAAAGAAUGUUUGAAAAAUCUGUGUAAAUCCUUGCUCAAAGUCUUGAGCAGCAAGCUGAAUACAUCUCAACGAGAUCCAGCUCUAAAGCUUGGAGCUUGCCUGGCUAACAUUUAUGGGACCUCCUGGAUCUCUGCAGAGGACAAGGCUUUAGAGGCACGUUUGCUGUCUCUUCUGGUCAACUUAGCCUGUGUGGAAGUUAGGAUGGCUUUAGAAGAACCUAAACCUCUAGAUUCCAGACAAGCUACAGUCACAGCUUGCUACGCCUUGGUUGAAAUGGGGAUACAAGAGUGCACCAAGACUGAAACUCAACCUUUGCUGAAAGAAGAGCAGAAGCUUCAACUUCUACAGGUCAUGCAAGAGGCCUGUUCUGCUGUGAUCUACUACCUACAUAAGACAGGACAUGAGAAACUGGAUGACCCUUUUGUUUUGGCUUCUGUGCGGUUGCUAGGAGCAUGGCUGGCAGAAGAAACCUCAUGUUUGAAGGAAGAUGUCUGCCAGUUGCUGCCCUUCCUGGCACAUUAUAUGCGCACGUGGUUUCAACGCAGUAAAGAUUGUAGAAAUCUACCCAAAGAAGUGUCCCAAGUUGCCCUUCUAAGUAGCAGCUGGGGAGGCAUGUGGCCCGGGGAUGCAAUAAGAUUUCUGCUUCCCGCUUUGUGUCACAUGAGUGCUGAAGAUGCCCUGCGCCACCUGAUGAUCUCUGAAGGUUUGCCGGCACUUUUGUGUGACUAUUUCCAGCAGCAGUGGGAAGUACUUUCAGCUGAAGAGAGAGAAUCUGAGGAGAUGCUCAGUGACGCAGAGAUUAGUCUGCAGACCUGCUGUGGUGUAUUCCUUAAUAUUGUGGUGACCGAGCCUACAAUUAUUGGACAGGAAACCUGCUUUGUGUCUUUACUAAAGCUUCUGAUAAAGUGUCUCCCCACUCUGCUAAAUAAGGAAGGUCACAUGGUUCUGAUAGCCAACAUUGCCACUCUGGGACUAAUGAUGAGCCGUUUACAAGCUGAAACUCCAGUUUUACAGGAAAAUCUAUCUCGGGAUUUCUUUACAUCUGUAAUUCAGUUCCUGAGCCGUUCUCAUGUAGCAUCAAAUGACGCAGACACCGGAAAACCACAUGUGAUGCUGUCUGCAGGUUAUGAAGAUUCCUGGGAUGAGAUUUCAGAGCUCUGGUAUUUGGGUAUACAGGCUUUCUCUAGUUGUAUCCCUCUGCUGCCUUGGUUGUCUGCUCUGGUGCUUGAGUUAGGCUGGUUACGGGACAUACUUAGUCUCUUGGGUCAAGUUUUACCAUCAUCAGUGGACUCUGACUUAGUGAUGACUCUACAAACCCUUCUCUGUGAACUUGCCCGCAGCAGUAGGGCCUGCAGAGAAAUGAUCCGGACACAAGGUGGGGAAGAGAAGGCUAAUCUGUAUGGAAUGGCAGCAUUGGAGCAAUGUCUGUCUGAACUAUCUUGAUCAAAGGAUUCUGGGAAAAAACACAACCUUUUAGCAAAGUAGUAUGAUUGCAUGUAUGGUACCAACACAAAACUAUGCAAAGCACUUAACAGCACAUAAAACAAAGCUGUAUUAAUUGAUCUUAAAAUGGUAAAACUAGCAGGAAGUAUGUGAUUGUGCACAACUUAUUAAAAUAUAUAUAUAUAUAUAUAUAUAUAUAUAUUUAUAUAUAUAUAUAUAUAUAUAUAUAUAUAUAUGUGUCCUCUUUAGAUGAAACAAAGAAAACACCUUUUAAGGUUUAAAUCUUUAACUGGCACACCAACCAAAGUUUAAAUGCAUAAUAGUACAGCAAAUGUUACUAAUUAAAAAGAUGACAUAAAACCCCAAUUUUUUUCUUUCAUGAUUCAAAUAAAGAAUACAAUUUUAAACCACUUUCCAGUUUACUUCUGUUAUCAGAUUUGCUUCAUUUUCAUGACAUCCUUUGUGGAAGAAGCAGCAGUGCACUACUGAAAACUAGCUCAACACUUCAGGUGAGCCAAUAAAAAAAGACGUAUAUGUGCAAACUCCAAUAAGCAGCUCGCUCCCAGUAGUGCUUUGCUGCGCCUGAGCCUACCUUUGGAUUCUUUGUCAACAAAGGAUACUAACAGAAUAAAGCAUGUUAGAUAAUGGAAGUAAGCUGAAAAGUUGUUUAAAAUUGUAUGCUCUAUCUGAAUCCUGAAAAAAAAAGUUGGAUUUCAUGUUCUUUAAGAAAUAAGUAGAAAGACUCCAGUGCAGAGUAACUGCAUUUAUAAAAAAAAAAAAAAAAAACACAAGCAAAUAGAUUUUUUUUUAUUGAAUAUUAACAACCCAUCAAAUUACUUUGUAUUAAAAAUGUUUUUCAAAAACCUUUUUUUUUUCUUUUUUAAAUUGUAUGGUCAUUUAUAAACAUAUUUUUGUCUGUUAUAUCCCUUGCCUUGUACUAGAAACCAAAUUAUGAAAAUUAUUUUAAAAAGAAGACAUUUUGCUUUAGAUUAGCUUAAAAUAAACAAAUCUAAAUUUAACUGGGAAAUAUAUGUAACAUAUUUUUUAAAUACUUAUUUUUACAUUUUCUCUAAUGCAUAUCUGUCAUGUUUGUAAUAACCUUGGGCAGGUACUGUGAUGUCCUUGUAUAUUCUAGCCUCACAUUAGAGGAGAAUUGAAUAUUAGUGAUUCCAUUAAUUCUCUCUGUGAACCAUGUAACAUUGUCCGUCCUUACCAGUAAACGCUGCUAUAGCACUUUGUCCAAGAAA